AUGAAACGGAUCAAUUUUAAUAAGGACAAUAAAGGUGUCGUGAAAGUUAAAAUGGAACUAAACUUUAGGAUUGAUGAUACGUCGAAACAAUUUGAAUCAAUUGCAAAAAGAGGGAGACAUUUAAAAGCAAUUAAAUUAAAUAAAAAGGAAUUAAAGAAUAAAGUAAAAGAAGAUAAGUUGAAAAAUCUGAAAACAUUGUUAUUCCUGUACGAUGAAAAUUGGCAACAUGAUGAGCGGCUGGCUUUCUUUAAAGACUUUUUGGCAGAGUGCAAUGUGGGUACAACAAUACCUGAAUCCGAUUCGGAUGAUGGCUUCGAUUGUGACUGCAACGAAGAGGAUGGUGGAGUAGCCAUAUGA